AUGGUCUACUGCGGUAAAGCCUCGCAGGGCUGUCAAAACUGUCGGGUCAGACGCAUCAAGUGUGACAAAAUAAAACCUGAAUGUUCACAAUGCAUUCGAGUUGGGAAAAGGUGUCCAGGUUAUCGUGACCAACUGUCUCUCAUGUUUCGCGAUGAGAGUAGCAAAGUGAUACAAAAAGCACAUGCACAAUGGGGUGUUGGCGAUUCCGCCUCUGAGGGGUUGUCAGCACAAACUUCAUCCAGCUCUCUCGCUUCGUCAUAUGCGUCCAGUGCUUCAACACAUUCGUCUUCCUCCUCCACGUCGUUGCACGCUGGCUCGGCCUCCUCAGUCACAGUCGGCUGGCCCACAUCUCCUGUUUCCACGCCGAGCCAGCAAACAUUACCCCCGACCCCUUCAUCUCCCUCCUCCUCCUCUUCCUUUAUUGUAACCAAAUCAUCAGCUACCAACACAGCGAUGUCUACCUUCACUCAACCACCACGACUUCCGACACCUAUCGAUUCGAGUAUCGAGGACCAGGGUAUUCAAUUCUAUGUUAAUCGCUACCUCAUUGGCCAUCCCGAUGAGCCAAGACAUCCUGGUGACUUGACAAAUACAGAAUGGCUGUGGGAUCCUGCUGUACAGGAUAUAAUGGCUGCCGUUGGCCUCGCCAGCCUUUCGAAUCUUAGAGGUGACAGCAGCAUGAUGACGACAGCGCGUCAAAAAUACGGACUAGCCCUGCGUCAAACUGGUCGUCUUAUACAGACCUCGAGCAUGCCGGACUUUGAGGUUACAAUGCGCUCCGUCGUCAUGCUUGCCAUGUUCGAGGUGUGUGCCCUUACCCCCGCUGCUGUUCAAUAUUCCCCGAUGCUUGUCAAGGGAGCGAAUCAGGGCAUUGCUCAUGUGCAUGCGCAUGUUAUGGGUGGUGUUGCUUUAUUGCGAAGAUGGUUACCUAUGCCGGCGGCAGCCUUCCUUGGUGUUCGCGCCAUGGUACAAAUGUCUUAUUCUCUUUUCAUAGCCGCAUACAUCUCAGCAACAUCGUUACCGGACCCUCUGUACGAAUGGGUUUCGUUUGCCAAAACCCUCCUCGAACCUGCUGAUCAUCCAGCUACUGAUCUCGGACCAUUAGUUGGUCAAUUUAUUCAAGUAUCAACCUAUAUCAGAGCUCAUGCUUUUUCUGAUGGCAAAGUGGACACGGCCGCCGCUUUGAAGCAGUUGUUCGCUCUUGAUACGUCUUUUCUGGAAUGGGAGCAUAGCCUCGGACCCACAUGGAGAUUUCGCACAGAGAAAGCCAAACAUCUACCAUCGUCUGUGGUGUUUGAGGGUGUAUAUCAUGUCUAUUAUGAUAUGUUUAUUGCACGCAUGUGGGGGCAUUACCGGUGGGCACGCACUCUUCUCAAUCAAACCAUCAUUGAGUUUGUCAAAAAAUACCCCAAAUCCAGUGCACCUUUAAUGUCACUGGCUGAGUAUGGACGGCGAUACGAGAUUGUAAGAGGGCUCGCCCGCGAUACGCUUGUGAGCACCCCGACGCAUUGGCGACACCCUCUCCUUACCGACAAAUCAGCUAUGCCAGUUGAGAGGAUAGGAGGCGCGGGCUCAGGCUCGGCUGGACUUCCUGUCGUUCUAUUCCAUCUUCAAGUUGCUGCUUGUGCUCCGGGUGUGCCAGACACAUACUGGGAUUGGGCCUUGGCGGUGAUGGAAUGUAUAUGGAGUGACAUGGGCAUUCUACAUGCCAAAUCUAUGAUGGAAUCUAUGAAGGCAUACCGAGACUCCUUACUAGUAAAGGAGGAAACAACUGAAAGCAUUGUACGGUGA